AUGACGAGCGAGGCAAAGCGCAAACUCGCGGAAUGGCGCCACAGCGCUGCUGGUGCUGUGGCGUUGAGGCUGCAUAGUAGUGUUGACCUCUCAGUGCGCUCCAGUGCGGCACGGGUGACGGUUCCAGGCGUUCUCCCCUCCUUUCUGCUGGGAAACUGGAGUGCUCUUACCAACCGCCUGCGCCUCCCCUCAUUGGCGGUAACAUCGCUUGUGAGUUUUAUUUUCGGGGUUGCCUGGACACUGAGCCAGCUGUCGCGUCGAACGACGGGUGUGCUAAAGCGUUUCUCACCUCUUCGCGUGCUUCUGGGGACGGUGCUAAUCGUUGCGUACGUGCGCUUUGUUCGGUGGCGUCAGUUGUUGGUGGAUGACGUAAUAAGGUACAUGAAUUAUUCACGCCUUGUGCUGGCCUCAUCUCAGCUCGGUGACAGCACCCUUACCGCUUCCAACUCUCAGUUAGUGUCACACGGUGACACCCCUUUCACGUUUCUUCGCAACGGCGCCACUGAAUUUUUUGAUGCCGCGCACUAUACCGGUGAUGCAGUGAUAGUUGAUAUCAGCGAUUUAUUAGAAGCAGACGCUGAGGGUGUCUGCGCGCGUCCACCCCUGCCUAUCACGCGGCGUAUCAUGGAGGCGGCUAUUGUUCCUGGUGCCGCCCUAUCGCCUGUUUGGCGUCUCUUACUUGUUACAGGCCAUCUCCCCAACCGGGAUGAAGACACUUUGGCAAAUGGGUUUGCGUAUAUGGAGGCGGCAACGGUGCGGUAUCUUGCUGAAUUGUACCCCUCGCUGCUGCUGAUUGGCACAGAUGCUCUGCUCGUUGAUGACCCCGCCACACCGUCCGUUGCUGAUUCAGCGCGCGGUGCUUUAGAUGAAUGUGGGAUUGCUGUUCUUGGGGGUCUGUGUUUUGCUGGAGUUUACCCUCGCCUGAGGGUAUCGAGGUUUCUUAGGGGUUCAAUAAUGACCUUGUUUAAUGGGGCGCACCCAUUUGACGAAGUCCGGGGGUGUCGUGUGGUGUUUUUUCCAAGUGCCGCAUAA